AAAAUACUUUAAGUGGCUGUGAGAAGCAUAAGGCUAAGCGACAGCCGCAGUGAAAAAGUGAAAAUUUGAGUGGUUGCUGUCAGUGUAUGUGUGCGUACUGUGUAUGUGUGUGCGUGUACUCUUACGUUGCAAGUGCAAUUAGAAUUGUUUAUGCUUAUUAUGCGGCAAUGCUACAACACACACAUACAAUCAACGGCAACAGCCAACAAAUGUUGUCCCCGCAAUAUGUGAGUUGCAAUUUACAUAUGGAAAAGCCAGCAGAUAAUGAAAGAUGCACGAAUAUGACUUUAUAGAGCUGAGCGAGGAACAAAACCGUCUUCCGUCUAACAACAGCAGCAGAAACAGCCCCAAAAAUAAUCAGCAACUCGUUGAAAUCAGUUCUGAAUCAGGAGAAGAACAAUUACCAGUCGAAAACAAAGCUUCCACAAGUUUUGAGGCAUUUAGUAUAAUUUAUCCCAUUGUUCAGGAGUAUAUUGAUCAGGUUGCCGAACCAGUAAAGCCAUCCGAGCUUGACGCAAAACGCAAACGUCCACGUCGUGUUUACGUGGUAGAUCCAUCACGAUUUUCCAGUCUGAGAUCACGUCAAGCACCUGAGCCUCCAGCAGCAGCAACUUCAGCGGAUACUCAAGCAUCGUUAGUGCUAGAACAGGGCACUGCUUGCUCACCCACACCCACAGAUUGCGGGGAGCAGAAAUAUAUUAAAACAGAGUAUUUUACGCCCGAAUAUUGGAAUCGCAUAGAAGAGGCGCAGGAGCCCAAGGGCAGUAGUCGUAAGCGCGGCGGCGCCGCAGGCUGCAGAAGCCGCAAACGACGUAAGCGAAACGAGCUCUUAUCGCCGGAAACAGCGGCGGCUAUAGCAGCGGCACAACUAGAGCUUGAAUCAGGCAAACCCUUGAUACUACGUCUGCGUCGAAGCAAGCCCGAUACCGACAAGGAUACAUUACUGACAGAGCAGUUUGAGCUUGAGGCGCCCAAAGCGUCAGCGACACGUGACAAACGUAAGCGCGGCGGCGGCAGCAGCAGCAGCAACAUGUCAGUCUAUGAUAGACGCUAUCAGAGCUCCAAUGAGGAGCAGCGACGUGUAGCGAAUGGCUAUGUAGCUGCGGGCAAUGGACUGCGUGCUGGCAAUGGCAGCGAUGUGGAAGCCAGCGAGCUACAAAGCCAUCAGUAUUAUGUAACCAGCAGUGGCAGCAAUGCAAGCAGUGGCACUGGCGCCGCACUCAAUGGCAGCAGUAGUGCAAGUAUCAAUCAUGCCCCCGCCAUGGGCACACUGUGCAACAUUGGAAACACUUGCUAUCUGAACUCUGUGGUUUAUACGCUGCGCUUUGCUCCGCAUUUUUUGCACAAUUUGCAUCAUCUUAUACACGACUUGAAUGUGGUGCAACAAACGCUAAUGCGCCAGCGCAAUGCGAAGUCUGCCUCGCUGGGGCGCAAUGUAAGCGGAAACGUGCAGUUGGAGCAUGCGCGUAGCUGGAGCAGCAAGGAUCUGGCCACAAGCGAGCAAUAUAACAGCAGCAACAACAGUAAUGGCAGCAGCUCAAAUGCGGGCAGCAGUAGCACCAACACCGCCACCAACAUCUCCUCCACCGCCACCACCAAAUCCACGCACCAAUCGGUUAGCGAAAAACUGCAUGAGCUCUAUCACAAUCUGCAUGGCAAUGAAAUGGCAGAUUCAACGGAGCCAUAUCAUGCGGACACGCUGCUGCAUGCAAUACAGGAUGUGAAUGCCACCUUUGAGGGCAACCAGCAGCAGGAUGCACACGAGUUUCUUAUGUGCGUGCUCAACUGCAUACGCGAGACGAAUCAAUCGCUUAUCAAAGCCAUCGGCGAAUGUCCUGAGGUCAUUGCCAAUGGCUAUAUAGCAAAUCCAGAUGAGACCGACACUGUGGAUGCAUUGGAGCGCAACGAAACGCCUAUAAUCGCCGCUGGCAAUGGCAGCAUGGCCACUAGUCAACCCCAAAGCAGCAGCAGCAACAACAGCAGCUCCACCACCACAGCAACAACUACAACAAAAACAUCAUUUUUCUCGCGCAAACCAAAGAGAAAAGACGAACUGAAAACUUCGAAGUCAACGCGCCUGCAAUCACCGCUCAAGGAUAACAGUCCCACAGCAGCGGCGGCCACGCAGCAGGCCACCGCCAAUAGUCUAUUCUAUUUGAAUACAGUCGAUCUCAGUGGUGCAAGCAGUAGUGCCAGUACAACGCCCACGCCAACGGCAGCAGCAACGCCAGCGGCGCCAGCAAAAUACUCCAGUGAUGAUGAAAUGAGCACGGCUAGUCUGCUAAAGGAUAAAAUGCGUUUGGAGGAGCGUAUACGUGAAUUGAACCUGAAUUUCUUUAACACCGACUUUGAAGGUAUUGUGGUGCUGACGACCAAGUGCCUAAGCUGCGAGACCAUAACACGGCAAAAACAAGGCAUGUUGGAUAUUUCAGUGCCUGUGCCAAUAUCGGGCUAUGAUAUUGCCGAGCUGCAGGAUAAACCCAGCGCCUAUAUACAGAAUUCUUGCAUUACACGUGAAUAUUUUCGCGGCGAUAACAAAUACAGCUGCAAUCAGUGUACAGGCUAUACUGAGGCCAUACGUUCGAUAUCAUAUGAGGUGCUGCCACGCCUGCUGGUCAUACAGCUGAAUCGCUUCUCGGGCGGCAUGGAGAAGGUUAGCACCUAUGUGCCCACCACCUUUACGUUGCCCUGCUUCUGUGCCAAGUGCUGUGACCUGAGCGAUGCCAACAAGCUGCAUGUGUAUAAGCUUUACAGCGUUAUAACGCAUGUGGGCGCAACGCUUACAGUAGGACAUUAUAUUGCAUACACCUGCUUUCUGGACCUGGCUAGCGAUUAUAUAAACUGUCCCAAAGAUCGACGCAACAACACCAGCAGCAUGCCGACACAGUCAGGCAGUGCGGCCAGCAAUGAGAAUGCGCCACCCAGCAAUAAUGGUAGCAGCAGCAGUCAUGCCAGCACACCUGUCUCUGCGGCAGCCUCAGCGCUGGCUUCCUCCGGCACCAGUUUGAUAAAGAAAAUGAAAUUCGGUCGCAGCAAAGCAUCCAGCAGCGGCGAUAUGAGCAAGCAUGUCAAGCAGCUGAACGGGCUGACAAGCAAAACCAUAACCAAUGGCAUUGGCAAGCUGAGCAUGAACACCACAUGUCAUGGCGUCAAUUGCUGCGCUAUGCGCCUCUGCUGCAGUCAACAGGCCAGCGCCGCUGGCAGCAACAGCGCCAGCAGCAGCGACUUCAGCGAGGAGUCACUCCAAAAUGGCAGCAACAGCAGCUUGAGCUACGGCAGCACUGCCAGCAAUUGUGCGCCCUAUCCCACAGGCUAUGGCAGCACGGGGCGUGGCGGCGUCAAGGCCAACUAUACGCAAGGCAGCACGGAGCCCAUUUGGUACAUGUGCGAUGAUGACAAGAUUAAGGCCAUGACACAGCGCGAAUUUGCAGAGCUGCUUUCACCCACGCGCAAAAUUACAAUUACGCCGUAUUUGCUGUUCUAUGCACGCUUCGAUCUGCAGCCAACGGCCAGCAAAGCCAGCGCUGCGUCAACGCCGCCACAAAGCUCCUGGUCAAAUGAGAACCUACAGAGUGGUCUCCACAAAAUAUGAGAAGUUUUUGCAACGCUGCGUUCGGUCUUGUAUUGUAAGACAACGAGGCCACACAGUUAAUUGAAAUAAAUGUUAGUUAAAUACACACACACACACACACACACAUGCAUAUAUGUUUACAUAUUUAAUAUAUAUAUACAUACAUACGUCUCUAGUUUAGGUCACAUAAGUGUGCGCAUAAGUUAAAGCAGAAGUCUGUUUGUUAAACAAUGUACUCGGAUUAAGCUCUAUCGUUUAUCUACAUGCAUAAAUAUCUACAUUUAAAUAAGUUACAAACUCGUUUAAACGCUGACUUUAACCUUUGACUGAAGCCCAACUCCUUAAAAACACGAAACACACACACACACAAGCACACGCAUACAAUGAUAAUAAUUUGUUGAUUGAGCUGGCUUAAAUGUAUAAAUG